AUGCGACUCACGCCUUACGAAGUCUACCGCUUGAAGUCCCUUCAGCAUCAUGCGGUCCUAGGAUCGGAAUCACACACGUACAAUGCCCAUAUUGUGCGGGAGAGCUUGAGAGAUCGCGGCGCGCAUAUCAUCGGUACCAAGGAGAAGUGGCCUUCCACCACCCGCCGCUUUCUCUGCGUGCUGCCAGAUGUCGGUCCUUGGCCAUCCGUUCCCCACAAUUGGGAAAUGAUCCGAUUUUCCUAUUUCGCCGCGUACUGCGAGGUCGCGGACGUCCAGGCCAAAGCCUUCGCAGCCAUGAAGGUACCGCCGCCGGGGAAACGGUGCUUUCCCAUGCCUCAUCAGCUCGUCUUGGACACCAUCCGGCAAAAUCGGCCGGAGACGGAGGAGCUUUACAAGAUGCGUGGAUAUUUCACGCAGCGGUCACUGCGCCCGCACACAGCUCUUCCAGGUGAAUACGCAUGGUUGAUGCUAGAUGAAGUAGAUCAAAACCCCCGCCUUCAGCUCAAUACUACCCCUCUCGCCGACCCGCUCGCCAACAUGAUCCCCACAGUUGUCCAGCAAGACUCGAACCCCGCUCCUCGCCCUAAGAAACGAUCACGGAACGGGCGGAGUGCGGCGGCUAGGGAGAGUGCGAAAGUACGGAGGCUACAGAGGCAGGCCAGCAAUUGGGAGGAUAUCAGUUGA